AGCUCGGCCUGUUCAAAGCACUUUGAUAGUUGCAACAGCCUCAGAUUCACACAUUUGAAAAGUCUUUUCUGCCGGCUGUGACCUAAUCUUUCUGGAAAGCAUCGCACGUGGACGAGCCCUCAACAAUGUCCGUGAAGCCGGAGGAGGAGACAGGUUCGGAGGGUGGCUGGUAUGGGGACGAUUUUGAGAAGAUUGAUCGCUUUGGUUACACAGCCAGGCGUGAUGACUUGGGGGACAAGUUGCAGACGAGAGACUGGGAGGACGAGUCAAGAGAAGAGAAACAGUUCUCCAGCCAUCCCGAAAGCGACCGGCAACCGCUCCCUGUUGUCAUGGAAACUGCUUCCACAGUUAAAUCUGAUUCAAACUUCCAAAAGAAGUCCACUUAUGACAGAGAUGACCUGUACACCUCCCUCGUGACCAGUCAAAGUUAUGCCUCACAAGAAGACACCUGCCACUUUUCUGGCAACCUGAGCAAAGCUGGGGAAAAACAAACACAAUGUACUGGUGACUCCAUCUCUGGCUACCCUUCCCUCAUGUUGACCUCGGACUCCGGAAUCGAGAUAACCUCCAGUGGAGACCUGAGUGACAGCUCCCACAAGAAUCAUGACUCUGAAAAAGCUUUUAACUCUUCUUACAACUACAUGGACAUCAGUCGUAGAGAGGACUCUUGUAGCUCACAGUGCCCCCUGGAGGACUGGAGGAUGAACAUUCUCUCAGAGCCCACCCAGGGCACCAAAUUGGAGAGGAGCCCAUCACCCGUAGAAGUAGAUGUGGAGGACCUUAGCUCUGCUGGACUUCUGGAUUCUCAGAUCAUCCCCUAUGUGGAGGAACCCUCUGAUGAAGAGCUGUCUGAUUACCAGCCCUACCGGUCAUCAGGUAGCAGUGCAAGCCCUGUAAAGAUCACCCUGACAGAAACACCACCUACUUCUGUAUCGCCUACCACAGUCCAGCAUAGCCCCACAGUUACAGCAUUAGAGAAGGAGAGCAUCCUGAGUCUGGGGCUUGAGGGAGUGCCCACUGUGACUCUAUCAGAACCAGAGGACGAGAGUCUUGAGUCAUCUACACCCCCUCUCACAGAAGAAGAGUCUGACUCUCCAUCAGAUCCAAACAUCCAGGGUGCUGAAACAAAAAUAAUGAGCUCCACCCAGGACAAGACUCAAGUGUCACCUGCCUUACCCUGUCUGCCUGCCUCCAAACAAGACAGUUCCCCAAUAGAGAUGAAGACAUACCCCACAAAACCCUCCAACUGCCCUGCUAUCCCUCCUUCCUCCUGGGAUGUAGAGGGUAGUGGUGCAGAAUCUGGCAACUCAGAGAUAGAGCUAGUGUCUGAGGAGCUUAGUCCACAAGCUCCCAGUUCUGGUUACCUGAGCUUCAGUAAGAGUCCCGGCACUGCUCAAAAAGCCACAACUCCUUCCAGAGUGCCCAACCCAUCUGCUGAGCCUAUCCCUGCCCCUACUUCUAUCUCUAGCCCUGCCAUGCAGUACAGCAUCUUGAGGGAGGAACGUGAGGCAGAGCUGGACAGUGAACUGGCUUCAGAGUCCUGUGGAGAGGAAAGUCCCAAAAGGCUGAGCCACGUCGUCAUCUCCAGCACCGCAAAAGGCCUCAAAGAGGACUCUCAGCCAGUCAAAAAACCUACAACUCCCACUUUUGCAGCUGCAGCACCUCUUGUGACUCCAGCAUCUUUUCCUGUUGCUCCUGCCCCUACCAGUGCUCCUGAACAGAAGACCAGCAUAGAGAAGCGCAAGCCCAGCAUCACGACCCCCGUCCUCAGCCCGAGCCUGUCAGAUCUAAAGGUGGAGCAUCCUGUUGAGGAUGAGCACAAAGGACAAAGAAGACGGUUCAGUCAAGCUCGCAGGGGAUCUGACAGACAGACUGCACCUCCCGCCAUCUUCCAGGGUCUAACCAGGGAGAAAGCAAUGGAGUUGCUAUACUGGCGGGACCUAAAGCAGAGUGGGCUGGUGUUUGGCAGUGUACUGCUGCUGCUGUUCUCUCUGAUGCAGUUCAGUGUGGUCAGUGUGGUGGCCUAUCUGGCCCUGGCUGCCCUCUCUGCCACCAUCAGCUUCAGAGUCUACAAGUCCGUGCUACAAGCCGUGCAGAAGACAGAUGAGGGACAUCCCUUCAAAGCAUAUCUGGAUGUGGAGAUGUCACUGUCCCAUGAUCAAUUGCAGAGGUAUGCAGAAAACGCCCAAUACUAUAUCAACAGCACACUGAAAGAACUGCGCAGACUGUUCUUGGUUCAGGAUCUGGUGGACUCACUAAAGUUUGCAGUGCUGAUGUGGUUGCUGACCUAUUUGGGAGCCCUCUUCAAUGGUCUCACUCUUCUUAUUAUGGUGGUGGUGUCCAUGUUCUCCAUGCCUGUGGUCUACGAGAAAUACCAGGCACAGAUUGACCAGUAUGUGGACCUAAUAAGGACCCAAGUCAACUCUGUGGUGGGAAAGAUCCAGGAGAAGAUUCCUGGGGCAAAACGGAAGGCUGAGUAGGCUCCACACGGCCCCUGGAGGAGGUAGUGAGCCCCUGACCAUCCCACUACAAGGAGAGCUGAAUGAUGGUCAAGGGUUCCUCUUUGAACACACAGAUGCACACACUCAGACACUAGACACACAUACAGUAAACAUCACUGGAACAUGGUUCUACUUUGUACACAUUGUGACGUCUAGAGCAAAGCCAAGCUGUGCAGGAGAAGUUCCAUCCUCACCUAAAAAAUAAAACAAAGCGUGCUAUCUCUCAAAUCAGGCUCUAGUGAGAAGUACAACUAAUUGAUGAGUUGUAGAAGUAACCUUGAAACAUACAAUUCAAAACUGGAUAAGACUAAAUGUAAUUUUUAUUUUGUGUUGCUCAAAGUGCAUGAAGUCAAGAGUCUUAAGUGCUAAUGAAUUCUAUUUUUCUCUUACUUUUCUGUGCUUUCUCAGCUGUGCUGAAAAUGUUUUUUCUCUGUAGUAUGUGAAGGAUCUCUCCAGCUUUAUUGCUGUCCUGUGACACUGUUCUUGGAAAAAAAAAGAAAAAAAAAAAAGCUUUUUUUGUCUUGGGCGUUGGGUGGGGCUUUUCCUCUUUUAUCAAUAUAUCUGUAAACAUGAUUUACAUAAUAGUCAUUGUCAGCUAGAAGCAUGGAUCUGCUAGGGUUCCUGGUAUUUGUAAUGUUGGGCACAAAUGCAACUAUUUAGCAUUGCUCUGAUUAGGUAUGGUCCACUCAUUCAUAGCAUUUGGUUUCUUUUCUUGUAGGACUCAUUAAAGGAGCUACAGAGAUUCAUGUUUUAGGUGCUGUCAUUGAUCUUCUUUUUGUAAAUGAUACAAAACAAAAGAGAGAGAGAAGGAAGCUUAAGUGAGUGAUUGCCAGCUAGAAUCUGUCAAUCUUUGUACAGUGUUAAGUGUUGUUCAUUCUCUUAGCCAUUGACUCUUUACUAUUUGCACUUAAGAUGUACUCAAUAAUGAAUGCGAAAAUAAAUGUUCUUAAAUGUG